ACAUGCGAAAGUACGAUGGAUGUUACGUCAACUAUGAAAUCAUGGACAGAGCAGCAGGAAUUGAAUCCCGAGUGGAAUUCCACAGAUGCCACUCCUCCCAGCUUCACUUUGCACCGGCUGCAAAUGGGCAGAAAAGAACACAGGUACAAUUGCAAGUCUACAAAAUUCAGGUGUACCCACUGGCCGACAGUUAAUCAGUUGCCGUUUGUGCUCCAGUCAACAUCUAUUUGUAGUAAGAGUCCAGUAAUCGCACGUUGUCCGAACCUGAUUGCAGAUAUGAAACCGUAUUCGGAUUUAGUGUUUGGUGAUGUGCAAGUGCCGAACUUUAUCGACGACUUGGAUGAGUUACUCAACACUCCGUGGGAUGGUGACGCGAUGCUCCAAUGCAACAUGGAUGCUUUGUAUGAUGAGUUGAAUCAAGCGUCUAUGCUUACACCAGUUGCAUCGCCUGCGGAAGGGCAUGUUGGCAGUGAAGUGAUAACGAAGAAAGAAGAUUGUGAGUUUCAGAACAAACCAGACGAUCGUAGUGCUAUGCUGACUCCUCACUCAUCUCCUCAAGUGAACUCAGAUAUAAUAAGUGGCGCAAAUGCACAACCAUGUUCAAGCAGUACAUUGCAGCAAGGUGGAUUUCAUCAAAGUGAUCAAUUCGCUGUGGACCGUUUAUCGAACAACUUCAACACAGAAACUAUAAGUCAUAAACCACAGCUUACAUCAGUUGCUCCUCAAUCAUCUCCUCAAGUGAAAUCAGAAAUUAUAAAUGGCACAAAUGUACAACCAUGUACAUUGCAGAAUGGUGGAUUUCAACAUAAUGAUCAUUUCGGUAUGGAACGUUUAUCGAACAACUUCAAUACAGAAAAUAGAAGUCAAGAUCAAGUAACAACAGGAUAUGUUGAUCAACAGUUGUUGGAUGCCGUAAAUCACUUGAAAAAAAUUGCCAAUAUUACGACAGAUUUUCCAAUCUUUGAUGAUAUUUACAAAAAGGAAACAACAGGUAACACCAGACUACAUGCAAGUUGCGUAAAUAUUGGAAACCAAAUCAAAGCCGAGCCGCUGUACGAAUUAAAUCCUCCUUAUCAAGCAAACGUAAAAAAAGCUCCGCUUCGUGUACGUUAUCAAACACCCAAGGAAGUGUUCUUGGCGCAAACCUCAUUUUCCCCUACGACGUUCAUUCCGUCUUACACGCAAUAUAGCGUUUCGAGCCCCAAGAGUUCUCCAGAUGAUUACUUGUUUCAAUCACAAGUAGACAAAGAAAAUGAAAUGCCAAUAUUCACGCUGGCAGAGCAACAAAUGCAUGGGCUAUCGACAGAUUCCUCCCACGCAUUACCAACGGCUGACACUUGUUGUGAUUCCCCACUGGCAGAUCCUAAAAUGACUUGUACAGAGUACCUCUCAUCGGUGAAAUUCGACUCUGAUACUCCAGAGUCUCCUGAACCUCCUGCGGCAUACUAUGUUUUUGUUCCGGAAUCACAAACUCUGGUAAAAUCUGAGCAAUCCCAGCAAGAUACAAUAGCUCAAGUGAAAACAGUAGUUCCCAAAGAAGAGCCGAUUGUGGAAACCAUUGUUCCAUCAGCCGAUUACGUUCAAAUUCAGAACAAUUACGUCGUUCCACUGGAUGGCACCGUCAGAACCUACCCAGUAAAAGAAAUCUACCGUAUUGAUCGUGAAGAAACCACGCCUGCGGAACAGCCCGCACAAAGGAAGAAACCACGCAAAGCCAACAUCAACUACGGGACCGAAUUCUACUGUAAAAUAUGCUGCAAAGAGUUCGGCAAACGAGGUAGCUUCCAGCAGCACUGGCGCCAAAAGCACGAAGAAAACCGACCGUUCCGGUGCGAUACCUGCGGCAAAACGUACCUUACAGAGCGGGACCUGCGCGUGCACAAGCAAAACCAUGAUCCCAACAUGAAGCAGUGGAAGUGCAGCGAGUGCAACAACCGCUACAGACACAUGAAGGACCGCGAUCGGCACUACGACACACAUCAUGGCACGCCGGCACAUGCGUGCGUGAUCGAGGGCUGCGAGAAGGCAUUCGCGCGGCGCGAUCACAUGCUGGCGCAUCUGAUCAGCCACGACAACCGUACGAUGCGCGAGUUGAAGAAGGCACAGGUCAGGGAGGAAAAGGAACAAAUCCGUCGGCAGCGGGGAAGAAAACGUAAGAUCGAUGAGAUGAAUGUUGUCCUGUGAAAAAUGCAUGCCAGUGUGUCGGAUUGUCAGUGUUUUUCAAAUAACCAGUUUUAGUUUUUAAGAAUCGAGAUAAAGCAUCCGAAACUAAAUCAAUUUUACAGUGCUGUGAAACUAAUAAUACUUUUUUUUUUUAAUUCUUUAUUCGAGUGAUUUUUUAUUAAAACAAUAAGUUCAUCGCUAAUACUUUUUACUUGGUAAAGAUUUUGGUAAAUUCAUAACAUCCCUAAUUACAUUGGAAAUAUUGUGGUACAAAAUAUGAUGACGAAAUAUUGUUUAAGACUUCGAUAAAAUAUUCCCAUUUUUUCUGAUGGUAUGGACAAUUUUAUACCAUACUCUUCUCAAAUAUUACGAAAGCGUGGGAAGUAAAAAAGGUGGACUAGUCCAAGCGUCAUUAUUUGUGCAAUAACCACUAACAUAUAAGUAUUUUUUAUACACGUCAUAAAUUUCAUAAAUGUUUACAACAACAAUCACAAUUUCGUAAUGAUUCUCAUGUGCAUACAUUAAUUAUUUAUACCCCUUUUCAGAUAAAAUGGUUUUAGAAAUUUAACUACUCGAAAUACCUCAUAUUAGUUGGAUAAGAUUUGAUUUACCUAGACGAUAGGUAAUGUGCUGAUAGCCAGUGAUAGUAAAAUUUGAUUGUGUAUUGUUCAGUGUCGAACCCAGUAAAAAAUCCCACGUGAAAAAAUAUGUGCAUCGAUAGAAUUAAGGUGAAAUUGUAAAUCAUUUUUAGCUAUUGACCAUACAAGAUAAUAUAUGUUUCGGAAUGCCUAAUUUAAAA